CCGCAAUAAUAAUAUUCAUGAUUGUUUUGUUUCUUCUGAAAGUGAUACAUCAGGAGUGCAAACAAUGGAAGUACAAGUUCCUGACACCAUCACCAGUUGGGUUGCAAAUGGUUUCGCCAUGUCCUCUGUCUAUGGAAUGGGAAUCUCAAGUCAGGCGAUGAUGAAAGCUUUUCAACCUUUCUUUGUUAAAAUCACUCUCCCAUAUUCUGUAAUUCGUGGAGAAGAAGUACCUGUCACAGUCACUGUAUAUAACUAUUUAUCCUCCUGUGUUCCAGUAAGUGUGCGCUUUUGUUUUAGAUUGGUCUUUAUAAAAAAAUAAUGUUUUAUUUGUCAGCAUCACUAAAACAAAUAUCAAUAAAAUUAUUAUAACAGUUAUGUUGUCGUGCCAAAAUUAUUCUGUAAUUUAUACAGUAAGUUUGUCUAUAAUUUGAUAGUUUAUCAAAAAUAAAUUGUGUAGAGUAAACCCGUAAGACCUGACGUUACCAAGUCAAUUGUAGUAGAUUUUGCAUGUACAGUAUACGUCGUGUAAACAUUUCUAGAAAUAUCCUUUUAAUUAAAUUGUGUGGAAAUCGUUUACAUAAUAAUUACAACACAACACGACUUUUGCAGAGUUAUUUAUAGUAAUUGGUUGAAGAAUUUAAUAAUUUUGGUUAAUUUCUGCUCCAAAAUUUCGUCUCCCUUCCAUUAUAAACAAACAUGUACCCUAUUUUCCCGUUUUUCGGUCCAAUUACUUGAACAUUUUUCAAUGACUCUUUUUUGGUGCUUGUGUUGCUUUCAUGUUUCUUUGUAAAACAUUAUUUCCAUUUUCAGAUAAAACUCACACUCAGUCGCGAAUCUAAGGCCUAUGAAGUGACGUCAUUCCACAUAAGCAAAAUGUGCGUGUGUGGAGAUGAUGGAAUGUCAGUCAAGUUCAAAAUUAUUCCAAAUAAACUUGGUCGUAUACCACUUACAGUUAAAGCUAUAACAUCAGAGGCAAGACUGUGUCCUAAUUCAACAGUCUACGCGGCCGAUGCUGUCACCAGAAAGUUAUUAGUGGAGGUACUGUAAGAUAUAUGUACUAUUCAUACUAAUACUGGUUUACUAAAGUAAUUAUAAUUUAUACUCGUAGAUUAUAAAGGAAAGCGCGCAAUCUGAUCGCUGUUCAAAUCAGCACAGCUGGAAUUAUCAACCUGGACAGGAGACGUUUCCAGUUUAGAAAAGUUUGCGAAAAAAAGGAUUUUGCUACAAUCCUUUCUGAACAAUUUCCUCAAAAUUUUUCUUCGCAAUAUGAACUGCGGACCAAUUUUCCAUGUACAUUAUAAAUGUAACUACAUUUAUAAUGUACGUGGAGAAUCGAUCCGUAGUUCAUAUUGUUACGAAUUAAAUUUUUUAGGAAAUUGUUCAUCAUUUUGAAUUUUUUGUCGACAGUACAAUGUACAUGUCUUAAAUCAAUGCAAUGAAGAAUAAAUGUAGAGGAGAACAACAUUAUUUUCUUCCUGUGCAACUACCAUCGAACGCAGGCAUGUUGAAAUCGCAUGUUGUUAUCUUGAAUUAUUCCAUAAAAUCAGAGUUGACGAUUAAAAACAACCUUAUUUAGCCCCAAUGAUAUGUUAUGAGUGAUAAGGAUUGUUAUUCUCUAACUCCACUGCAAUCGAAGGAAAUUCCUUCGGAUCGAAAGUAUCUUUCCUAAUUUUUCGGCUACUUAUAUCCUAUUCAUGCGCGUAAAUUGUACUUUUUACUACUUUCACUGGCACCCAACAUUGGAUUUUAACACAGCUUUUGAAAUAUAAGCAUGAAGUCUUGUUUAUUAAUAAACAAAUAGUUAGCUGCUCAUUUUGAUAUCAGUGCGACGAAGAUGCCUCUCAUGGUGGUAUGUCAGCAUAUUUUGAGAAACAGCAAUGAAUAAUUUCGUGCCAUAUCUUUUCGUUUAGCCUGAAGGAAUAAAACAACAACAUAGUAAAGGAACAUUCUUUUGUGCUACUAAAGAUGGUAAAUAUUAAACACAUAAUCCAAAUAUAACGUACAAUGGAAAUGAUAAUUUAUUCCAAAAGCGGUUUUGUGUGGUAUAAAUCGAGUUGGUUAUACAUGUUUCAGUGGUUUAUAUUGACAAACGUUGCGAUGUUCAAUAUCGAUAUUUAUCUUUUUUUCUAUCCAGGCAUAUACAACGAAAUGAUUGAUUUAGCUCUGCCUACAGAGAUCAUUCCUGGAUCCUUACUACCAAAGAUAUCGAUUGUUGGUAAGCGUCAAGUUUUAUUUGACAAGUUUUAUUUGAACAAGUGCAUUGGAUCAAAUGCUAGCAAGCUAUAGCAUUUGUUCAAAUGCAUGCAUUUUUCAUAAUAAAUUUGUCAGAGAAUUAGCUUGUAAAAGACCUAUUACAAAUAAACAUUGUUAACAAUAUUACGAUCACCUUAUCAAUUUUUAUAUCGCUGCAGGUUUUGUUUGAUUUGGCGAAACGUUUUAUUUUACGAGGAGGAAGACAUACAUCAGUAUUAAUAAAUUGAAUAGUUCGAAUUGAAUAGUUGGACCAAUAUAUGUAUAUAAUAUUCGUUUCAUCCAUUUUUCUUGGAUAUCCGAACUCCUCUAACUACAUACUUAUCCAGAACGAACGGCGCAGAGUGACGAUCCAAGUGUAAGCUUGUGGCGGGGAGUACUAAUUCCACCUGGCUAUUUACACACUGGGAAAGAAAAGCAUUAGCGAAGUCUACAGUUCAUCAAUGAUCGCAGACGUGUGUUCAUCUCACUUAUCUCAAACUACGACUGUUUGCUAGGAGUGACAACGGCAAAAAUAUUAAAAAAGAACAUCUACAGGGAGUUUAAAAAAAAGCGUUAUGGAAAUUCAACAGGUUGCUGUACAUCAUAAACGUGGCUAAAAAAUUCAAUUUUUACAUGGGACGAAAGAACAAUUAUUUAGCUUUUUAAUAAUAUUCCCUUUAACUCGUAACUGUGAGAAUUAGAUGGCCACAUACUCGUCAAAUAAAAAUGGCAUGUCAAAAUCACAUUCUUCCGCUUUUGGGAAUUUCAUGGAAAACGAAACGUAAACAAUUCCCACGAGGAAAAUAAAAUUGAAUGUUAAAUGAUCUAAAAUAAGCUUAACCUUUUCAAUUUUCGUCUUAGUAAGACGAUAAGAACGUCAUUAUUGCAUUAAAGAUAGUUCAUUAAUUAACCGCCAAACAGAAAAAAAUGUAAUCAAAACAUUUUACGACCCAAGUAUUUUGCAGCAGACUCGGCGGAAGAAUGUGAUUUCAACCGAAAUUUUUUAAUUGACGAGUAUGUGGCCAUUUCCCAUUCUUACGGUUUAAGAAAUACAGUAUAUCAUAGAAAAGCUAAAUAACAGCUCUUUUGUUCUAUGUAAAAAUGGAAUUGUUUAGUUAAGUUUGUGGUGCCCAAUUACAGCCUGUUAAAUUUUCAUAGUAUUUUUUUAGACACCCUGUAUAUAAGGAAAGUUUGGAAAAUCGUUUCACCUAGAAAAUUUUAAAACUUUUUCACUUUUUAAACGUAAACAUUUGUAAGAAUUGAUUUGUUUUGAAAAAUCCUAAAGUGUAGCGUAAGUUUGUUUUAAUUUUUUAUUGGUGACUAUAUAUAACUUUGUAUUAAUAUUCAAAAUUAAUAAAUCUCGUUGUUCAAUCCCUUUGCAUUGUGUGCGAAAGUUUCGUAGUUAAAUUAAUUUUUGUAGAAGUUCAUGAUAAAAAGGAAAGCAAAUAAGUUUCGAUAAGAAUUAAAUUUAUUUCAUUUUAAAGUUUGCAGCGUGCGUUGAGUGUUGGCAUAAUUACGCGAAUACUUUAUGUUGAAUCAAUGUUUAGAACGUAUAGACGAGGUGUCGUUGCAUGCAUGCAUGCAUGCAUGUAUUUCUAAAUAUAUCUCUUUUGGAAAGAGGUAUUUUAAUGUUGAACACGUAUACGCUGUUAAAACAGAUUGGUUAUAAAAUAACCAGGUCGAAAUUUCUGUCCAAGAUUAAUAAUCAUUUGUUUUCGAUCAAUAUUUGGUCAAAACAAUUUUAAGAUUGGUUAAAAUAACCCAUGUUUUUUUCGAAUAUUUCCCCCCUAGGAGAUAUAAUGGGUCCAGCUCUAACAUAUCUUGAUGGACUGCUAGCAAUGCCCUAUGGUUGUGGUGAACAAAAUAUGGCUAGAUUUGCUCCAAAUAUUUACAUCAUGGAUUAUCUUACAAACACAAAUCAAGUUACAAGGAAAAUAAAAGAAAAUGCAAUACGAUAUAUAAACUCCGGUAAGUAUAUUUUCAGGAUUGAAUAAUCAUGUUUCAUUAUGGUGGAUGACUAUAUAAGUUAGGCCACGUUAUAGGCAUAAUUUUAUUCAUUCCUUUAUAUUAGUCCUUCCUUUUUAUUUUUGUGUACGUCACGUACAAGUAGAUGCAUGCUGACUGAACUUGCCGUUCAAAACAUGCGAACGACCAAGUUUACCAGAGGUUUGCUUUUCGUUGUGCUAGGAGAAAUAAUUAUAUAAAAUUAGAAUAGAUUAAUAGAUCAAUAUUUCACAUUUCAUAACCAAAGUCGAUAAAUUAUGUAAGUUGGUAAUAGAAAUAUAUAAUCGUACUAUUUAAACUAAUAUAAUGAAUUAUUCGUUCGCAUAACAUGCGUUGGUAUAAUAUCUCAAUUUGCAGUAUAGUGGCAAUUCAUGAUAGUUUUGUGAUUGAUUCAUGAUUUAUAUUCGUGCGUUCAUGUUUUCACACGCCAAGCAACGAAACAUACUAUUAUAAUAAUUGUUUGAUAUAAACAUUAUAAUUUUGUCAAGGAAACUCACAAACACGCAACAUUUGCAUGUAAUAUCCUAUUCGACAAACCAACAUUCUAAACCAAGAAAAUUCUGAUCCUCUUUUGCCAGGUAAUUUCUUUCAGCAAUGUAUACUUUUUUCGAUAAUGAAAUACGAAGACUAUUUUUUGCAGGGUAUCAAAGAGAAAUAACAUACAAACGAAAAAGUGGUUCAUACAGUGCUUUUGGAAAUUCAGACCCUAAAGGAAGUAUGAUGUAAGUCUAACUUUUAUCUCCUAUUAAGCAUUUACCCUGUUUAUGCCAAAGGAAAAGUUCAGCAUAUUAGGGUGAAAUGGCAAUAUAUUUUUUUAUUUUCUCAUUUGAAAGAACUUUUGAAACUGUUUGAUAACUUUUUUUUACCGAUUCUUUGUAUUUUCCUUUAUUCUUGAAAUAUUUGCACUUGAAGUAAUGAGAUGUCAGCCUUCUUCGAUAAUUUUUUUAUCCCAUUCACGGUAGUUUUGGUGACGUCACAACCGGGAUUGACCAUAUAAAAGUAUUCGUUGCCGACCAAAUAUCAAUUGGGAGAUGUUUUAAGGGUUUUAACUGAUCAUGAUAUUUCCAAAAGCACACAGAGUAUAAUUUUAAUUAAACGCAAAAAAAAUAGUGGUUGUCUAGAUAGAAAUAUUGCGGGACCCGUGUUGUGACGUAACAUGCAUAUCUACACAAAUCCAAAAUAGCGGACAUUUAAUUUUUUUCAAUUAAAAUAUUUGUAGAGGUAAGCAAGAUACUAGAAGAGUUUUGUAUAUGCUUUUUAAUGUUAUUUUAAACGAGAAAAUAAAAAAUAUAUUGCUAUUUUCCUUUAAGAGUAAAUUAAUGUUACUCUGUACAUAUUAGUAGAAUUUGUUUGGAACAGUCCGUUCCUCUUCCCAGAAGAUUUAAACAUUAUUAAUUACUUUUUUCGUAACUAUUCGUUUUUGUAUAGGUUAACAGCAUUUGUAGUUCGUUCAUUUACCCGAGCGCGCAAGUACGUCUUUGUCGAUGAAGACGAAAUCAAACACAGUAUUGAAUGGCUUCGGAAAAAGCAGAAACCUUCGGGCUGUUUCCCUAAGUACGGCAAACUAAUUCAUAGGUCACUUCAGGUAGGUGUCUGGGCGCUUUUGAUGGCGAUGUAGAAUUUGGGAUUCGCUGACUUCGUUAGUCAUGUGGGUAACGUCUUUAGUGCGGAACAUGAUAUAUGAUACGAAGUUUGCUUUUGCAGUAUGACGGAACAACCAUAUAUAGACAAUAAUAUAAUAUAAAGAUUUAUCCCCGAGCCGGCGGCGCGAAGCUCCAUGCGAGGGUACUAAUUCGUCCCGGCUAUUCAUACCUGGGGAAAGAAACGCACUAGCGAAAUCUAAAGUCCAUCAAAUAUCGUGGGCGCAUGGCUCACCGCGUUCAUGGGUGGUCAUUCUGAAUAGUGAACACUGAUUGGUCAAAUUUGAAAUUUGCGUUGUGACGACUGCAUUGACGACAGCAAAAUAACAAUGCAAGUUGUAUUUUUGCAAGAUUUUGUAAAUUUCAAAACCUUUCGGAGAGCUAAAAAUGUCUAAAAACACCUAAAAGAAUAGAGCAAAGUCGCCGACGUUAAAGAAAGUAAGUUUGUUUUAAAUAUUGAUGUAUUGUUUGUUUUAUAAUUGAUAUAUUUAUAACUGAUAGUGGUGGGCGAUACUGCACUAAUACUAAGUUCUUUGUAUGUUUGCAUGGCGAUAAAGUAUAAUUGUUUUUGUUGGUGGAAACACCACGUAAAUUUAUUUCUGCAAAGCUUUCGAUCCGUAAGCCCGGAUCUUCAUCAGUGCUAGUAAUAUCUGACUUGUUUGAAUUCCCACGCUCUUUUUAUAUACAAGAGUGUCGUGAUCUGUUGUCUCGCGUCAUUUGAAAUUUAAUUAAACGGCACACCAACCACGUCAUUUCAAACGUAGUCACAGAAUAGAAAAUAAUACCAGAAGCCUCACUGUACACCUUUCCUUUCCAAAUUAUGCCCGAGAUUUUUUUAUGCGCAGGCACGAGCCUACAAGUGUAUUCCACUCCAUCAAACGCGAGCAAUUACGCCAUCAAUUGCCAUCCCCAUGUAAUAAAGAUUGCUGUUUUAACCGUUUUGCUGACGAACGAUCACGUGAUGUUCCCAGCAAGUGUCAAACAUGUCAUCUAGCGUGCAAAAUUCGUGAUCCGCAAAGCAAAAAUCGCGGAAACGAAAAUGUUAAGGAAAGGUGUACAGUGAGGCUUCUGGUUUUAUUUUCUAUUCUGUGACUACGUUUGAAAUGAAGUGGUUGGUGUGCCGUUUAAUUAAAUUUCAAAUGACGCGAGACAACAGAUCACGACACGCUUGUAUAUAAAAAGAGCGUGUGAAUUUAAACAAGUCAGAUAUUAUUAGCACUGAUGAAGAUCCGGGCUUACGGAUCGAAAGCUUUGCAGUAAUACAUUUACGUGGUGUUUCCACAAACAAAAACAAUUCAACUAAUACUAUCAUUGUGUAUACAUCAAGUGAACAAAGACAGCAUGUAAUUUCAGUGUAGCUGUAGUUUUAUAAAUUACUCUUUCUUUUUAUAUUAAAGUGUUUAAAUAAAGAGGAAACCAAAGUUAUUUUCAUGUGAGAAUUUGAAAUUUAUUUCAAAUUUGAAUUUAUUUCAAACUCAAUGUUUACCGAUAUUCGAUAAUUAAUAUCCGACAAAAGACCGUUUAGUUUUAAGAACAUUUUAAAACGUUUUUGCGAAGCGUUUGUGAUUGAAUAUUACCUUAAGUUGAAGCUUAUAUUACGUAUAAUAACAUACCUAGCAUGUAUAUGUUUGGGAAAUUGAUGAAUUUGUUAUUAAAUUAAAGUGAUAUUUUGGGGGGAUUUUUCAAUUUUAAAACUGUUCUUAAAAUUAUCGUGUUACCAUGUCAACUAUUUCAAUCCUUUUCUGCGUUGGCGCAGUGUACUCAAGUGAUUAUGAUAUUUGUGGUGUUACUCUGAGUGUAUAUCCACACAGGGCGAGCUUGAAAAAUAUGCCAAGUCACGGUGGGAUUCGAACCUACGACCUUUGGAAUACCAGCCCAAUGCUCUUCCAGCUGAGUUACGCGGUCAGGACGGUUCGAGUAAGUGAUAUUUCGGAACAGAAUCUAGUUCCUUCAAUACCAAUGUAUUCUAGAAAUAUGAAUGUUUUCUGCGUUGGUGUCGUGUACUCAGGUGAAUAUGAUAUUUACGGUGUUACUCUGAGUCUAUAUCCACACCGGGCGAGCUUGAAAAAUAUUCCCGGCCAAGGUGAAAUUCGAACCUGCGACCUUUAGAAUACAAGCCAAAUGCUCUUCCAACUGAGUUACGCGGUCAGGACGGUUCGAGUAAGUGAUAUUUCGGAACAGAAUCUAGUUCCGUUAAUACCAAUGUAUUCUAGUAUUGUGAAUUUUCUUCUGUGUCGUUGUAGUGUACUAAGGUGAAUAUGAUAUUUGUGGUGUUACUCUGAGCGUAUAUCCACACCAAGCGAGCUUGAAACAUAUCCCCGGCCACGGUGGAAUUUGAACCUGCGUCCUUUGGAAUACCAGCCCUAUGCUCUUCCAUCUGAGCUACGCGGUCAGGACGUUUCGAGUAUAAGUGAUAUUUCGAAACAGAAUCUAGUUCCUUCAAUACCAAUGUAUUCUAGUAAUGUGAAUUUUUUUCUGCGUCGGUGUAGUGUACUCAGCUGAAUAUGAUAUUCGUGGUGUUACUCUCAGUGUAUAUCCACACCGGGAGAGCUUGAGAAUUAUUCCCGGCCACGGUGGGAUUCGAACCUACGUCGUUUGGAAUAUCAGCCCAAAGCUCUUCCAACUUAGUUACGCGGUUAGGACGGUUCGAGUAAGUGAUAUUUCGGAACAGAAUCUAGUUCCUUCAAUACCAAUGUAUUCCAGUAAUAUGAAUGUUUUCUGCGUUGGUGUAGUGUACUCAGUUGAAUAUGAUAUUUGUGGUGUUACUCUGAGUGUAUGUCCACACUGAGCGAGCUUGAAAAUAUUCCCGGCCACGGUGGGAUUCGAACCUGCGACCUUUGGAAUACCAGACCAAUGCUCUUCCAACUGGGUUACGCGGUCAGGACGGUUCGAGUAAGUGAUAUUUCGGAACAGAAUCUAGUUCCUUCAAUACCAAUGUAUUCUAGAAACGUGAAUGUUUUCUGCGUUGGUGUCGUGUACUUAGGUGAAUGUGAUAUUUGUGGUGUUACGCUGAGUCUAUAUCCACACCGGGCGAGCUUGAAAAAUAUUCCCGGCCACGGUGGGAUUCGAAUCUACGACCUUUGGAAUACCCGCCCAAUACUCUUCCAACUGAGUUACGCGAUCAGGAUGGUUCGAGUAAGUCAUAUUUCGGAACAGAAUCUAGUUCCUUCAAUACCAAUGUAUUCUAGUAAUGUGAAUUUUUUCUGCGUGGUUGUAGUGUACUCAGGUGAAUAUGAUAUUUGUGGUGUUACUCUGAGUGUAUAUCCACACCGGGCGAGCUUUAAAAAUAUUCCCGGCCACGGUGAGAUUCGAACCUACGACUUUUGGGAUACCAGCCCAAUGCUCUUCCAACUUAUUUACGCGGUCAGGACGGUUCGAGUAAGUGAUAUUUCGGAACAGAAUCUAGUUCCUUCAAUACCAAUGUAUUCUAGUAAUAUGAAUGUCUUCUGCGUUGGUGUAGUGUACUCAGGUGAAUAUGAUAUUUAUGGUGUUACUCUGAGUGUAUAUCCACGCUGAGCGAGCUUUAAAAAUAUUCCCGGCCACGGUGGGAUGCGAACCUGCGACCUUUGGAAUACUAGCCCAAUGCUCUUCCAACUGAGCUACGCGGUCAGGACGGUUCGAGUAAGUGAUAUUUCGGAACAGAAUCUAGUUCCUUCAAUACCAAUGUAUUCUAGUAAUAUGAAUUUUUUUCUGUGUUGGUGUAGUGUACUCAGGUGAAUAUGAUAUUUGUGGUGUUACUCUGAGUGUAUAUCCACACCGGGCGAGCUUGAAAAAUAUGCCCGGCCACGGUGGGAUUCGAACCUACGACCUUUGGAAUACUAGCCCAAUGCUCUUCCAACUGAGCUACGCGGUCAGGACGGUUCGAGUAAGUGAUACUUCGGAACAGAAUCUAGUUCCUUCAAUACCAAUGUAUUCUAGUAAUGUGAAUUUUUUUUCUGUGUCGUUGUAGUGUACAUAGUUGAAUAUGAUAUUUGUGGUGUUACUCUGAGCGUAUAUCCACACCUGGGCGAGCUUGAAAAAUAUCCCCGGCCACGGUGGGAUGCGAACCUAAGUCCUUUGGAAUACCAGCCCUAUGCUCUUCCAUCUGAGCUACGCGGUCAGGACGGUUCGAGUAUAAGUGAUAUUUCGGAACAGAAUCUAGUUCCUUCAAUACCAAUGUAUUCUAGUAAUGUGAAUUUGUUCUGCGUCGGUGUAGUGUACUCAGCUGAAUAUGAUAUUCGUGGUGUUACUCUGAGUGUAUAUCCACACCGGGCGAGCUUGAGAAACAUGCCCGGCCACGGUGGGAUUCGAACCUACGUCGUUUGGAAUACCAGCCCAAAGCUCUUCCAACUUAGUUACGCGGUUAGAACGGUUCGAGUAAGUGAUAUUUCGGAACAGAAUCUAGUUCCUUCAAUACCAAUGUAUUCUAAUGUGAAUUUUUCUCUGCGUCGUUGUAGUGUACUCAGGUGAAUAUGAUAUUUGUGGUAUUACUCUGAGUGUAUAUCCACGCCAGGCAAUCUCGAAAAAUAUCCCCGGCCACUGUGGGAUUCGAACCUUCGUCCUUUGGAAUACCAGCCCAAUGCUCUUCCAUCUGAAUUACGCGGUCAGGACGGUUCGACUAAGUGAUAUUUCGGAAAAGAAUAUGCAAUCUUUGCCAAAAAACUAUAAGACAAAUAGUGAAAGUUGAUAUAACUUCUUCUGUCCAUUUCCCCCCGAGCCCCCCGUUCAAUGCUGAUGUCACAAAAAAUGGAUACAUCGCAAACGAGACGUCAUCUGGCAUCAACGCAACAUUGAAAAGGGUGGGGGGAGGGAGGGAUGAAUAUUCACGUGGAAAAGUUGUACAAUGUCUAUAUAACGUUUUUGAAACUUCAUUGUCCCAUAGUAUAUUGUCAAAGAUUGAAUCUUUGCCAAAAACUAUGAGACAAAUAGUGAAAGUUGACAUAACUUCUUCUGUCCAUUUCCCCCGCGCCCCCCGUUCAAUGUUGAUGUCACAAAAAAUGGAUACAUCGCAAACGAGACGUCAUCUGGCAUCAACGCAACAUUGAAAAGGGUGGUGGGAGGGAGGGAUGAAUAUUCACGUGGAAAAGUUGUACAAUGUCUAUAUAACGUUUUUGAAACUACAUUGUCCCAUAGUAUAUUGUCAAAGAUUGUAGUUACUUCAAUACCAAUGUAUUCUAGUAAUGUGAGUUUUUUUCUGCGUUGGUGUUGUGUACUCGAACCGUCCUGACCGGGUAGCUCAGUUCGAAGAGCAUUGGGCUGGUAUUCCAAAGGUCAUAGGUUUGAAUCUCACCGCGGCCGGGCAUAUUUUUCAAGCUCGCCUGGUGUUGAUAUACACUCAGGGUAACACCACAAAUAUCAUAUUCACCUGUGAGUACACUACACCAAAGCAGAAAAAAAUUCACAUUACUAGAAUACAUUGGUAUUGAAGGAACUUCUAUUUAUUUAACUUCGCAAUUAUCAUGCAUUCAUGGCAGGGUCACCACAACAGUAUGUGGUACCAAUUACUGUGGGCCCUUUAAAUUUUAAAUAGAUAAUAAAGCACAAAUAAAACAAGACGAAAACUUCGAUUUACCCGAUCAAAGUCAUCACACGAAUUGGAACUUGAAGCCAAGCAAAAAAAUUCCUCGUUGUAUUGUAUAUCACAAACAUACUUAAUUAGCUGCUUGCAAAUUUUGUAAAACAUAUAAAAUAACAAUUUAUAGAAUAUAAAAUAGCUAUUGAAACAUAAUAUACAAGGCUAGGAAGAUCUGACAACUUCGAAAAAGGGAUAAAGGAAAGAGAUAAGACGAGUGAGAGAGGAAUGGAGCUACCCUGCUGAUUCAAAGUAGGUUACAGCUUUGAGAUGAGACUUUCUCGGACGAAAAGUUCAUGUGUAGAGGAACAGAAUGAUAGGAUCUUAAAAUCAUCAAGAGAAGCAGUAUGACCUGAGUGGUUCAGAUGGGAAAAGAUGCUCGUAAGUUGAGGACUGCUACUCGUCUUACCAGUUAACUGUUUAUCGACAAGCGACAUUUGGACGAAUUUACGACUCAUUGUUUAUAACGUAAAUAUCUCAGCGCGUAUUCACCCCCCUUUAAAACAAAGAAUACCAUUUAAAUAAAAUAACCUUUUUCAACGGGGAGGUCGAAUGCCGUCAAAGCAUCAAACAAACCGAAACAAUCAUAUAUUUACCUACCGCUUGGCCAAACAUUCGGAAUUUUGUUUCCCCAGUAGCGUGAAAUUCUCAUAGUUAGAGCAAAUAUUGAAAAAGCGGUGUAAUAGUGAAUAUAUUAAACCACGUCCGAAUUGUUUUGAUUGAAUAAAUCAUAACAAAAUAUUAUUCAGAGUUACUGUUCUUUUGUAUUUUAUAAAAAUACAAUACCGAGUGGUUCCCGUAAAUAUAUUCCCGUUUUUCUUGCAUAUCUCAAUCGCCAACAUCUAAACAUUAACUUUACGUGUGCAGUUGAAUCCAAUUGACAACUUUCCUUCCUUGACAUUACUAUCACACGUGCUAAUGGCCACUUUGAAACCUCUGUUUGUCGUAAACCUACAUUCACAGGGCUUUUCACUAAUUUCCAUAGCUUCACUCCUCUACAAUUCAAACGUGGUUUAAUAUAUUCACUAUUACACCGCUUUUUCAAUAUUUGCUCUAACUAUGAGAAUUUCCAUGCUCAGAUUGAGUUUUUUUAGAAAAAUCCUCAACCAGAACGGUUAUCAUACUCAUCGUUUUGAUCGUUGUGUUCGACUCUUCCUUGACAAAAUCUUUCAACUCAAGGAAUUAAUCCAUUCUCUGUCAAGGAAAGUGGUAUACUUUUGUCUUCUGUAUACCGAAACACACUCUCUCCAAAUCCGUAACCAAAUUCAACGCCUUUGCUCUGUAGCCUUCCCAAAUAUAAACAACAGAAUCGUUUAUUGUCCCGCUCUAUGUCUGUCCAAUUUCUUCAUGUUUAAGGACAAACUUCCCAACGCUUUGAGGUCUUGUAUAUUUUAUUCUUUUAAGUGUCGAUGCUGUUCCGCGUCCUAUGUGGGCCAAACGGUCCGCCAUCUACAUACACGAGCCUCUAAACACCUGGGUAUUUCUGCCUUAACUUGUAAAACGAGUAGCAGUCCUUAACUUACCAGCAUCUUUUCCCAUCAGAGCCACACAGGUCAUACUGCUUCUCUUGAUGAUUUUAAAAUCCUAUCAUCCUGUUCCUCUCCAGAUGAACGUCUCGUCCGUGAAAGUCUUCUCAUCUCAAAUCUCAAACCUACUUUGAAUCAGCAAGGUAUUUCCUUCCUCUCUCACUCCUCUGAUCUCUUUCCUUUAACUCCCCCCACCCCCCCUCGUCCUCACUUCUAUUACCCUGUAAUUUGAUAUUGUAAAUAGUAAUUUAUUCAUAUUUGUAACUCAUUGUCAUACUAUAUUCAUUUACUCUGAAGAUGUCUUAGGUUAAAGACAAAAUGUUAGUACUUCUUAAAUAAAUAUUUAUAUUAUAUUAUUGUCUAUACUACGAUUACGACUCCCGCCUGGUUCAUCACUUGCAAGUAGGCGGAACAACCAGUUAAUGGCCGGUUGUUCGUAUGAUCUACUCGAUGUUAAAUACAGAAACACUUCCUGCAUGGCCUUACUGGAAAAUUCAACAUUUUUUUCCGAACCGAUGAAUUAUAUUAAAUAGUUGUCGUGGUUGCACUAACAAAUGAUUCUAGAAAAAUACUUUUAAAAUAUAAAACCUGCUCAAAAUAUCAAUUUUAGUUACAAAAUUAUUCAUUUUAAAAAUGCAUACGUUAUAGGUAUGCUAUAACAAGCAUUAUAAGCUUCAAUUUAAUGCGAAUUAUUACUACAAACUCUUGGCAAAAUAUUUUAAGAACUAAAAUGCAUUUUAUGGAUAAAGAUUGAGUUUGAAAUAAAAUGAUUUCAAAGAUCAAGAUCUCGUAUUGCGUAUGCGAAUAACGUUAAUUUCAUCUUUAUCAGAUAUUUUAAUCCCCGAGGCGACGGCACGAAGCGCCGUGCGACGGUACUAAUUCUCCCCGGCUAUUUACAGCCUGAAAAAGGAUUGCACUAGCAAAGUCUAAAGUUCAUAAAAUAUCGCGGACGCGGUUCAUGGGUGUUUGGGUGGUCAUCUCGCUGAUUUCAAAAUAUUGCUGUUUGCCAGGAGUGAAGAACGGGAAAAUUUAAAGAAUAUACGUAAAAAGCUUGGAAAAAUUGUUUCACGUAACUGGUUGUAAAAAUUUUCUUCAAUUUUUAAAGGUAAACAUUAACUAAGAAUUGAUUUAAUAUGAUAAGUUUUAAAGUAUAGGGCAAGUUUGCAUGUCUCAAUUGUUUAUGUAUCCAUGACUUUGUAUUAAUAUAGAUUUUGUUCUUGUUGUUCAAGUCUUUCCUAUACAUUGUACGCGCAAGUUUCUUAGUUAAAUUAACUUUUGUAGAAGUUCAUGAUAAAAAGGAAAGCAUGACAAAUCAUUUUCAAUAGCGUGCUCUACGAGUUAAAUUUAUUUCAUUUCAAAGUACGAGUAAUAUGUUGAAGAGGUUAAUAUCGUCAAAAACCGUUAAAAUUCAAUUCACAUUUAAAAACGUUUUUAAUACGUCGUUUCGUUUUGAAUUUUACAUUAGAAUAAAGCACCAAGAAACCAAAAUAAUAUACCUACCUAUUUUAAGAAAUUAAUAGUUAUGUAGUUAAAAAUAUAUAUUAUUAAUUAAUUAAAAGUGUUCAAUUUCAUCACAGAAUAAAGACAUACAGAAGUCUAACAUCCAUAUACAAAACCGUAAGGCGUUUUUAACGAAAUAGCUGGCGGCCAUGUUCUUAUCAAGUGUCCUUAAGAGAAGCAUUCACACUCCUGGAAUAUUAAAUUUUUAAUAUAUUUUCAGGGGGGUGACUGCCUGUCUUUAGAGCACUAGCUAAGAACAUGACGGACUUAAAAUAUUUCCUUACGCGAAACUAACCGGAAUUGAGAUCUCUGUAUGUACUUCCUCUGUGAUUUCAUCUACUUUUAGCGCGUUUGACGUUUGUAAAAAUUUUUUUGAAAAAUUGUCGUGUUGCCAUGACAAACAUGACGUGCAAUGCAAACCUGCGUUAAAUGUUGGCGUAAUCACGAAUACUUCAUGUUGAAACAAUGUUUGGAGAAUAGAGGCGAUGGGUUGUUGCAUGCAUGUAUUUCUAGUAUAAUAUAAAAAAGUAAUUAGAAACAGACGUAUACCAUCAUUCGGUUUUCUGUUUUCCUGAUUUUUUGUCAAGAACAAAUAAACUAUAUUGCAGUAGAUGUUGGUGUUUUACUCCCCUUUCUUUUUUAGUAAGUUUUUCUUUUUUUUUCAUUUUUCUCCUCUUAAUUUGGUUCAAGGCGAAACUUUUCGACCAAAUCAAAAUUGCUUUUGUCUUAAAAGCAAGAUGGAACUAAACAGAAUCUUUUGAAUUUGAACAAUUGAAAUUUUGGUUUGAUCGAAAUUUCGGUUCGACCGAAUCGAAAACAAGCACUCAGAUGGAGUAAAUAAGAAAUUUCAAAAUAAAAAUUUCGGUUCGAUCGAAACAUUUCGCCUAGUGAAAAACCGCCUUAAGUGUUGGAAUUGUUUCUUAUACAAAUGCAAAUUUGAUUUCUUUAAAUUUGUUUAUUCAUAUAUAUUUGAGAUAUUUAUGUUAAACUUCAUCACAUUUACUAUUUCCAGGGUGGAUUGAACAGUGAACUUACGAUAACGGCAUAUGUGACUAUAGCGUUAUUAGAAGCAGGUUUUUAUAGCAAGGUAAAGUAUUAGAUAGCAAAUCUAU